GUCUUCCUCCCGAAUCAAUAGCCCCUAUAAAACCCUUGAUUUGAAUCCCACCAUUGGGAACCGAUCUCUCUCACUCUUUUUCUUCUCCCACCUCGCUCUCCUGUCGCCGGCGCUAUCAUACCCGUGCUAUAAACCCCCGGGCUCACGUUCUCCCCCUCGGCGGCGAGUAGGGUUCCGACGGUCAAGGCUUAGCUCAAGAUCUCGCGAUUCGAGAAUAAACUAUGGCCACAUUUGAAUUGUACCGAAGGUCCAGUAUUGGUAUGUGUUUGACAGAAACUCUAGAUGAGAUGGUUUCAACAGGAGCUUUGAGCCCAGAGCUUGCUAUUCAAGUUCUUAUGCAGUUUGAUAGGUCUAUGACUGAGGCUUUGGAGACUCAAGUGAAGAGCAAAGUUACUAUCAAGGGUCAUCUGCACACUUACAGGUUCUGUGAUAAUGUUUGGACGUUCAUCUUACAAGACGCAACUUUCAAAAGCGAUGAAUUUAAUGAUCAAGCAAGGAGAGUGAAGAUAGUCGCAUGUGACUCCAAGUUACUAUCACAGUGAGAGUCGUCUCAUUUUCUUCUCCUAGGAUCAUCGAUGUGUGUGCGUGUAAAAGUUAUCUUCCUUGUGAAUUGAAAGACACUGAUCCCUCUGCCAAACUUGGUUUCUGGCAAGUUUAUUUUAUGUAUCUGACUUGAACCCCGUGAGAUGGCUCAUUAUGUGGGUUAUCUGUGUGCUCCUAUAAUAAUUUCAGCAAACAUUAGUAUUUAGUUCAGUUCGACGACGUCAGUACUUGUUGAACAUUGAAUUUAAUGCAUACACGUUUAUUCA